CUUGGACGAGGCGCAGGCCAGGAAACACGCCCUGAACUGUCACAGAAUGAAGCCUGCCCUCUUCAGCGUUCUGUGUGAGAUCAAAGAGAAGACCGGUGCUAUGCUUACGUUUCAGUAGAGGAGAUGUUGGAUCAUCAGCCAGUACAAGCACAGACUCAGUUGAUCCACAUCCAGCCUCAGCCAGUACCAACACAGACCCAGUACUGGCAGCGUCAGCAAGUACCAACACAGACCCAGUACUGGCAGCGUCAGCAAGUACCAACACAGACCCAGUACUGGCAGCGUCAGUACCAACACAGACUCAGUACUGGCAGCGUCAGCAAGUACCAACACAGACCCAGUACUGGCAGCGUCAGCAAGUACCAACACAGACCCAGUACUGGCAGCGUCAGCAAGUACCAACACAGACUCAGUACUGGCAGCGUCAGCAAGUACCAACACAGACUCAGUACUGGCAGCGUCAGCAAGUACCAACACAGACUCAGUACUGGCAGCGUCAGCAAGUACCAACACAGACCCAGUACUGGCAGCGUCAGCAAGUACCAACACAGACCCAGUACUGGCAGCGUCAGCAAGUACCAACACAGACCCAAAUAUAAUAGUUUCUGCUCCACCAAAUUACCCAGCAGAUUGGCCCCCAGUCUUAACAUACUUUAUAAGGACUGAGUUAGUGCGCAGAGGUCCAUUUUUAAACCAGGCCUGGAUUUUUCUUACCCUAAAGACAAGUCUAGAAGAGACCCAGUACCCAUUCAGGCUUAUUACAGAGACCGCUGUCAAAUGGGGAAAAGAUUACCAGGAGCUGGCUUUCAUACCCAAUCAAAAACAAUGCUGUGUUUUUGUUAUAAGGUCAUCUACAGAAGACUACAAAAUAAUAAAGGAAUGCAUGAAUGACUGGUCAAUUGAUCUGCGCUUAAGUUGGGGACAGACUCUUGACCAGAUACAAGUUACAAUUUGAGGCUGAAAGAAAGUGAUGGUGGGAUAUCCUUACACGUUUUAAUAAGAAUCACCCAGUCUCUUGCUGAAAGAAAUCUAGCAAUCUGGUUCAUCAGACAAACUAUUUCAACCAGAUAAUGGUAACUUACUAAAAGAGGUUGAAUUACUGGCAAAAUUUGACCCCGUUGUGGAACAUCUCAGCAAAAUGAAAGAUUGAGACACCUGCUCAUUACCUUGGGAAGAGCACACACAAUGAGCUGAUACAGAUUGUGAAUGACAAGAUUCUGGAAGCAAAUAGUGACUCGAGACUCAAAGUACUUCUCCAUGUAUCUUGGACUGUACACCUGACAUAAGUCACCAGGAGUAAAUGUCCAUUAUUCUGGGAAGCGUGGCUUUAAAGGGAAAGCCAGAGAUCAAGGCGUACUUCCUCGGCUUUGCGAAUGUUGAGGUUACAGCAGGCUUGAAUCUGUCCACUGUCAUCUUAGAUAAGCUGAACAAGCUGAAGAUUCCAUUUGAAGACUGCAGAGGGCAAGCUUAUGAUAAUGGGGCCAACAUGAAGGGCAAGCACCAAGGAGUACAAGCCAGACUGCUCAAAAAAAAUCCCAGAGCUGUGUUUGUCUCACAUGGAGCACAUACAGGUUUUUGGGGCAUUUGCAAAAGCUCUUCACCUUCUUUUUAGCUGGUGCACAAAGAUGGAGGGUUUAAGAAACAUGUGAACAUAACUGUGAAGACAUGGAGUGACACAAGAUGGUGUGAGAGUAGGUGUGAGAUACUGACAAUGGCAAACAAGGUGAACAGACUCCUCUAAAUGCAGUUGGAUAUGGCAGAGAAUUUCAUCACAAAUGCAAAGGCCUCCCUCACUACAUACCGGGAAACUGGAUUCUCGGCCCAGACAACAAAAAGUAUUUGAAGAAGUUAAUGUGGAGGCCGUUCUGAAAGAGACAAGACUGAGAAACAGCAAGGGACAUUUCAGCUAUGAGGCUCCUGAUGAACCAGUGACUGAUGUACUGAAAAACCUUGAAGUCAACUACUUCAACAUUUUAGUCGACUCAUUGUAGUGACAUCCAUGGAUGAGAUAUUUGAAACACUCAAGCAAAUAUGGAGUGCUGCUGAACUUCAGCACUGCCUCUCAGAUGUCCAGUGAAUCUUUAAAGGCUCUCUGCAUGGAAGUUAAACUCUAGCAUUCAGAGAUGACUGACAUUCGUGGAAUGGAUCUGGCACAUAAGAUUCAGAUAAGAUGACGGCCUUUUGUGUUGCUUUCCUUUCUCUGUGGGGAAAAACCUGGAGGAAUUCUAUCCUAACCUUUUGGAUAGCCCUAAGAGUUGCAGUCAUCCUACCAGUAACAGCAGCAUCGGCAGUGAGCUCAUCAAAAGCUACCUGAGGUCUUCCAUGUCACAGGAAGGUUGUGUCACAGAGUUGUCUGGCCAUCAUGAGUAUAAAUCGUAGGGAAACAUGUCCUAUGAUGAUGACAUUGAUGAUUUUGCCUCGAGUGCAGAAGAGGAAUAUUUUGAUGUGCUGAGUAUCCGAGGCAUUCAGGAUGAGGACCCCCCAGACCCCCAGAUCAUGCGCCUGGACAACAUGCUGCUGGCCGAGGGCGUGUCUGGCCCGGAGAAGGGCGGGGGCUCGGCUGCAGCAGCUGCGGCCGCAGCAGCCGCAGGAGGGUCACCCGGUGCCGACGGUGGCAUCGAACACUCAGACUACAGAGCCAAGCUGGCACAGAUCAGACAGAUCUACCACUCUGAGCUGGAGAAAUAUGAACAGGCGUGCAGUGAGUUCACCAACCACGUGAUGAACCUGCUGAGGGAGCAGAGUCGCACGCGGCCCAUCUCUCCCAAGGAGAUCGAGCGCAUGGUGGCCAUCAUCCACCGCAAGUUCAGCUCCAUCCAGAUGCAGCUCAAACAGAGCACCUGCGAGGCCGUCAUGAUUCUACGCUCCAGAUUCCUCGAUGCCAGGCGUAAGAGGCGUAACUUCAACAAGCAGGCUACAGAGGUGCUGAACGAGUACUUCUACUCCCACCUGUCUAAUCCCUACCCCAGUGAGGAGGCCAAAGAAGAGCUGGCCAAGAAGUGUGCCAUCACGGUCUCACAGGUAUCUAAUUGGUUCGGCAACAAGAGAAUACGGUACAAGAAGAACAUUGGUAAGUUCCAGGAGGAAGCGAACCUCUACGCAGUUAAAACAGCGGUGGAUGCUGCCAGCGUGUCGGCACAGGCUAGCCAGGCUAACUCUCCGGCGACGCCCAACUCAGGGUCGUCGGGGUCAUACAGCUUGUCUCAUGCAGGCGACGCUGCAGCUGCUGCCUACCUUGGCCUGCACCCCUCGAACCUCAACGGGGCUGGGGAGGCCGUCCUCAACAUCGCCCCCUCUCUGCAGCCCCAGGUGGAUACCCUGCACCGUGCUACACACCUGACGGCAGGCUAUGAGGAGUUGACCACUGGCUCACUCUACAUCCCACGCCGCCUCGACCCUAGCAACAGCUGGCAGGACAACAACCAAACCCCCUCCGUCACCUCUCCACCAGGCCCCCCUGGCAGCGUUCACUCUGACACAUCCAACUGAGACAUUUCCCACCCCCUUUCUUCCACCCCAGAGACAGCUUUCUUUUGGGGUCUGCUCUGACCACUACCCAUUUACCCCCCCCCCUUCACUCGGUCCGGACUGGGCAACUCAUGCCAGGCGCUGUACACACACUUCUGUGGACCGUUAAGAUGGACAAGUGAACAGAAGACAUUUACCUUCCUUCCAUCCUACAGAAAUUCUGGAGGCUCCUUUGUCUUCAUAAUGAAUUUUAGGGGAGGAGACUGACUGGCGCCUGAUCAUGACAUCAUAACCCCUCGCCGCCUCCAGGACCUUUGGGGAACUACUAACCCAACCAACCAGGCUGUGUAGGGCAGGUGAUGAUCACUGAUGACCGUACAUUACCUGUGUAUAUGUUCAUGUCAACUCCAGUGUUCACAGCCUGUCCAUUACCUGUCCCCUGUGAGGUUCUGGUGUUGAUGCAUGUGAUUGUGGUCACACACACACACACUAACGCCAGGCGCUGUGGCGAAAGGGAUCACAAGACGAGCUCUGCUCACCUUGCUUGUACCAAAGUGACGUCCUCUCUCAUUCCCCAAACCUGAUAAUUGUCACCCUCCUUCUAUUCCUCUGAGAACAAACUAGUAACACAGACACCUUCCAUCUUUUAGUAUGCUGAUGCUUUCAGUUUGGGGGGAAGAUUUUUAAGUGAGUGCUUUAUAGGUCAGAUAUGCACACACCACCCACCUUUUACAACCCCUCAUAUGGAACAUGGACACAGAUCUGUCAAGCACAAACUUUUGCACCUUUUUCCAGGUGCUUCUACCCGGUGACAGUAGUUCUGGGGAGUUGAGCAUACAGUAGGCUUGAGGACAGGACUGAAGAUGAAGGCAGUGACGAAAUGAACGAUCCUCUUUAGUCCUCCAGAGGUCGUUUCUAUUGCGUCCCCCUUCGCUUAAUCAGCAAAAGCUAUAGACUCUUUGUAGAUGUUAUUUUCCUCUGUCUGUCAACUACUUUUAGUAGAUUGUAGUCCUUUUUUUUUCGCCUAACAUUGUUUCACAAAGAUAUGCACCAGCCACCAAAUAAACACAUUUUGUUGAUAGAACCUAAAUGUGGUGUUGGGACGGUGAAAUGGAUGGAAUGAAAUAUGUUUUGGGGCAGAGAUAGCUAUGUCAUUGGGAGGGGGUGUGACAUGAAAAUAUUUGUGACAGUCUUCCAAUGCAUGUAGGCUUUUUUACGUGUUCAGUGAUAGGCUCUCAUUUAAAUAUUCAAGUUAUUUGGCUCCUUCACUUUUGUUUUCUCAAAGACACAGACCAAAAAGGAGUAGAUGCGUUAUGCUGUAUGUACAGAGUUCUCAGAUGUCUCAGUCGGGAUGGCUUAAUAAAUACGGCCCAGCCUUAUGGGGUAAGACUGGACUGUAAUUCAUUAGGAACGAAACUGUCUGAAACGGGGAGCGACUUACCUGAAUUUGUCCAACAAGAAAUGCUUGUUUUCGUUUGCCGUUGCUAUACAUUUUUGCUACGGUGCAAAAUAUUUAGCGUACGGUGUACACUAAUGAAUGGGACCCUGGGUUUAUACUCCACCAAACGGUCUCUGGAUCAGAACAUUCCUGGGGUGUGCGAAAUGCACUGAAGUGCGUGAAGUCACAAAGAGGUUAUGGAGUACAUCUAGUGUAGAUUCAGCCUUCACAUUUUUCUUUUAUCAGUUCUUCUUUGGUGUAUUUAACAACUGUGGCCUCACCACUAGCAGGGUAUUGUUCAGUAGGGCGAAAACCUUUUUAAAUCCGAGUGAUAUGGGGAGAUGCUACUGCCUGAACUUAACCAAUAGGGAUACGUUUUUUUGGGUCACAAACAGUUUUGCUACGUUGUGCCCUACUGAACAGGACUCUGGUGGAAGUCCCCAGUCCAGACAGGGCUUGAAAAGUAGCAUCUACUCAUAAAUCUGUUUAGCUCACAGGCCACACUAGAACUUUGCAUCGUACCAAAAAUACCAGUUAUCAAUAAUGUAAUUAUGAUGAUUAUAUUUCACACCAUAAAGUUGGUGAAUAAAAAGUCUCCCGUUUUGGUAGAGGGAAUUGUAUUUGUACUUUUUUUAAUGGUUUUGUCAGGCCUCAUGGCAUUUGAGUUUGGGGUAAUAUGGGGGGGGGGGGGGGGGGUUUAUGUCCGUCACACCAGUGCUAAAGAAUUGAUUGUAUUGGUGCCGUGGAGACAGAGCAUCGUUGCCGCAGAGAGCCAGAAUAUUGUUGCCUUCCAUGGGAAGGCAUGUUUUCUCCCUUGACUCCAUCUCAGAAUCCGCUGGUAAAAAUGGGUCCUAUUGGUUAGCCCUAUGAUUUGGCCAAUCAGCAAGGGCUUUACUGUUCUUCAUAACUUUUACCAAAAAGGCAGCACUGGUUUUAUGAUAAACAAGGUAGUCUUUAGAGUCAAAUCAGAGUCUCUGAUUUUAAUUUCCUUUGUAGUUUAAAAUCAGCUUUUUUACAUUUUCUUUUUACAAUCAUACAUCACCUGUUAAGAGUACCGGGCAUUUUGAUAAAGAAAGGACAAACUCUAUAUAUUAAACAGAUAUACGGACAUUUUAAAUGUAAAUCGGGGUUUUGUUAAAUACAGACAUCGUUACAGAGAGCUCUUAUAUUGUAUUACCCAAAUUAGUGUCCUUGUUUACUGUUAUAUUAUAAACAUUUCAUAUGGCUUAUUAUAACUUACAAAUAAUGCUGCCACUACUACACCAAAUUAGCUCCCUCUUCCUGUCUUUUUCUACCAGUCGUAAAUGGAUGUCACUGUACAGAUUGUGGAAUGUUUGUUUUUCUCUUUAUAAACCCAAUGCUUUAUUUUUGCUUUUCUUUUUGGGUGAAUUGCCUGGUUGUUUGGUCAUUAACGUUCUCCUGAGGUUGGAGUAGUGAUUAUUUGCAUAUUUUAAUUUGGGAUAUUUGUUAGUUGAGGUUGCAGUGUUGGGGUUAUGGGUAAUGUAGUUUGGUGCUGUGUAAAUUCCAAUUGGAACUUGAGAAUUUGUGAAACCGCAUUUUAGCAAUUACUCCUGAAUUAAUGCUAGAGCCAUUGUUGGCCAUCUUGAAUGCAUUUAAAUCAGCCCUUACCUCAACAGCUGAGGGGAAAACGUCCUUCACACACAUUUUAGAAAUCCCUCGAUUUCCCUCAUCCAUUUAAUUUCAGCCGUUUAGUCAGGAUUGACCCCAUUGAUAUGGUUACCUAUCAUUGGUGAAUUUGAGUUCUCCCAGUAUUUUGUAGCAACAGUACAGUUCAAUGCAAAAAUAGAGCUACACAGGUUGAGCCAAUACUGAGUCAACCUACUGUAGGAUUCUACCACAGAAUAUUCUACCAUUCUAGUUCUUUGAUUCUACCUGCGGCCAUAGAAUUCCACAGCACCAAAUCAAACGAUAAAAGGUUUAAUGUAAUGUCAUUUUUUGUUUUAUUACUAUCUUUGUAUAUUUCUUCCUCUUCUUUGUCCCACUGUAUUUUAAAUACCACCUUGUCUCUCUCUACCUCUGUCUCUCAGUUUCUCUUGUAUAUAAAACCCCACUGUUUCAAGAACAGUGAGUCUGUAUGAACUCCUUUUUAUACCUCAACUUUAGAAUUGUUCUAGAACGAGUAUUAAGAAUGACAAGUUGUAGUGCUCCUUAUUAGAAGAAAAAAACUAAUAAAAUAUUUGUGCUUUUCAUUA